AUGGCCACAGUACCGAAGGCAAGGCUAUUGAGCCUGAUGAAGACACAAUGCGAAAUCUUCUCGACGACGUUCAACCCGGAGCAAAUCCGCGCAGGCAACAAGAUCCUGCGGCAGCGGUUAAAAGGGCCUUCGCUAGUCAAAUACUACCCUCCACGACUUCCCGACCUGAAGACAUUGGCACGAGACUUUGAGUCCUUCGGGCUCGAGGUUGUUGAUGAAGCCGCCAUGGACAGAGAGGAGCAUCUGGCUGGUGUACGAGCGAGAGGCAAGGGUGCGCCCAAGAAGAAGAGGACAGCUAAAGUCGAGAAAGGCCCCAAGAGGUAA